UAUUUUGAACACGGCAUGUCUACUUCCGGUUUUAAUUUGAAAACCGGAAGUAGACUGCGGUUCUCCUCAGCAUCCCGUGUCCGGUCCUCCCUCAGCAUCUCCGCUCCCUCCUGCCUCCGACAGCCCCCCCCCAGAGCCCGGACAAUGGACGACGUGCCCCCCAUCAUCGACAUCUCCAUCUCCCUGCGGAUCCAGCCCAAUGACGGGCCCGUGUUCUUCAAGGUGGACGGGACCCGGUUCGGCCAGAGCCGGACCAUCAAGCUGCUGACGGGAUCCAAGUACAAGAUCGAGGUGGUGGUGAAGCCUGGAACCGUCGAGGCCACCAACAUGAAUAUCGGUGGGAUCAUCUUCCCUCUGGAGCAGCAGUCCAAGGACGACGACUCGGUAGUCUACCAUGGCAAGUACGACACUGAAGGCGUCCCACACACCAAGAGUGGAGACCGGCAGCCCGUCCAAGUCAGUAUAGAGUUUAACAAGGCUGGGACGUUCGAGACGGUCUGGCAGGCGAAAUACUACAACUACUACAAGAGGGAGCAUUGCCAGUUCGGAAACAAAUUCAGCAGCAUCGAGUACGAGUGCAAACCUAACGAGACGCGGACCCUCAUGUGGAUCAACAAGGAGGCGUUCAAUUGAGCCAUGGAUACUGAGCUGAGGAUGUUAUGGACUACCAUCAGACAACAGCAUCUGUUUAAAAGGACAGCCUCAUCCUAAAGGCACAUGUCACGUCAGCAACCUGGUAUUUGUAUUGUUGUUGGGAAAACAUCUGUUUGUUCUGGGGUUUGUUUUAAAGCUGCACUCGGCACCACUGCUUCACAACAGAGAACAGUUAUGCAGAUAUAAACUACACACAGCACCAACAUGUUGGUGAACGUGGCCAAAGAGGUUUAUAAUCCAAAAAAACCACCUCGAGUCAGGAAACCUCAUGUUUGUAUCUGUAUUUUUAUUCAGGCAGUUGCUUCGUGUCCACAUGGAAUAACCUUUAGCAAUCAUAUCUUAAUUUAAUUGUAACUUUAAUGAUGCUAAAGUGCAGAGUGUGGCUUUAAAGCAGGGAUGGAUACUCCAAAAGGAACAAUCAUACAUUUUGAGAAUUAUGCUUGCUUCCGUAUGUAUACAACAUUUGAGGAAAAGAGAUAUAAUUUGAUCCCUGUGUCCAGUACAGAGAGUCCGGGAUGUGUUGAGAUUAGCAUGGACUGGGAAUUGGAAAAUGGAUUGGGAAGAAGGGGAAACUGUGAGCGUAGCUUGAGCAAAAGAGAAAAAUGCAGCUAUAACUUUUAGCUAACAAGCUAACAUUUAUCCAGGAAACACUUCUGAUGCCACAGUGCAAACAGUUGUUAAAUGAACACUCAUAUUGUUCUCUCAGCACCGUUUACAUAAAACUUUGUAGUUACUGCAUGAGUACUUGCUCACCUUGACUGAGCUAGGCUAUGAGUUUCCUCAGCAUCAGCAUUUUCAACAUCUUAUGUACUAUGGUGGUAUAAUUGAAUUUUAUUAGUGUACGGACAUAUUGCACAUUUAAAAGACGGUCACAAGAGAAGCUGCCAACAUCUAAUAAUGAUGUUGGUUUUCUGUCUUUCUCUCACUUCUGUCACUUCCGGUCUUUGUGCUAAACUAAACUAAGAUAAUCUAAGUAAAAAUAAACACAUCAUUCAGCCCUCUCUAUACUGAUCACACAUGAAUUUAACUACCAUCAGAAUGAUCAUUUUGGACAUUUUCUUUAAAUGUCAGACUGUUCCUUUAUUAGCGGUGUCAGAUGUUAAGCAUUACCCGUUGUUUCAUUCAUAAAUGUGUCCUAGCACAAGGCAGAUGGAUCGGAGCCACUGGUUAGCUCAGUGUUAGCUGAGAACCAGGUUAUUGGACAAAUACCUUAUUUAUUACUUAAUUUAAUGGUGUGGAUGCAUUUGUGUGUAAGAGAAAAAGAAAUGUAGCUAUGAGAGUGUUCAUCAGUGUAGUUUGGACUUUUUGUAUGUAUUAUGUAUUUUAUGUUUGCCUAUUUAAUGGGACAAAUUCAUAGCUGAACAGCAACACUUUAAACAGCUAUGUUCCUGUCUGCAUUAAUCUGGUGUUUUUUUUUUUUGUUUGUUUUUUUUUUUUUUUACUUCCGAUGCCACUGAUCUAUCUAAGGCACUGCAUUCAGGUUCAGUAUUCCUAGCAGUGCAGAUCAAUACUAAACAAAAUAAUAAUAGUAAUAAUGAUAAUAUUAAUAAUCUACUGUAAACUGUCAGUGCACAUUUGGUCCUAAAAAUGCAAGCUGUACAUAGACUUUAUUGGAAUCAGACAUAUAUACAGUAAUUCUGUAUGAGGUUUUGUAUAUGUAAGCAGCUUUACUUUGGGAAAAAAAUAUCCAACAUAAUAUGUUUGAACGUCUAAUUAUGCUAAACUAAGAUGAUUAAGUCCCCACUUUAGCCCUGUAUUAUCCACUGAUGUAAGAGUCUUUUAAUCUUCUCAUCUCAGUUUUUGGAAACGUGUUUUUAUUGUGGGAUAUUGAACACGUCUCUUGAAAGUGACAUCUCUUUCUUUAUUGAAACACGGUGCUCAGCACAGGCUGCAAGUGCUUCACUGUGUUAUGUUCUGUGCUUUUUUUCUAUUUGCUGUUGAAGUGCAUGGUUGAAUUCAUUUUGCCAAAUGUGAUUUGUUUUAUUUUUUCAUUUUUCAGAUCAUCUCAAUGCCUCAACCCUGCUGUUUUGUUAUGUAUUGAACUGAAAGAUAUAGAUGUCUUUGUGAAUAAACAUAUUGAACCAGU